AUGCAAGUAAUAUAUCAGGCAGUGGUUGAGGCGCCGUUGCAAACCCGCCGACGCCAACAAAUAGAGCUCCGGGAAGACCUUCUCAUUCACGGCGAUAGUGUUUACGAUAUCAUUGAAAAACAAGACCACCAGACAAUCCAGACAGAGCUGAUGCGAACUCCAAACCCUCUAAGCUUAGCACCGGAUACACGAAUAUUCUUAUGUCGGAUGAAUGUCUCGCGUAAUGCGAGGCGACAAAUGAGAUUUGGAGACCAAAAAGUAGUGCUAAUUGAGGGACAUUUUGUUAGUUUCCUACCACUUUGCAGCCGUAAUGAGCCCGUGUUUUUGGCCACCUGUACACCCGUUGCUAUGCCUGAGACCAGGGAAUGUGUAGUACAGGGAAGCACUAAUGUCUUCACAUCAAUUCAUUCAAUGGAUAUGAAAUUUAUUCAUUUGGACAGAAACGGAGAAUUUCAUUUGGGAUACAAUAAGUCGUCAGUUCAGGGCCUGUCGUGGUAUGACUUCGUUCAUUGGGAACAUCUUAGAGAAGCACAAUCUAAACACAGACUAAUUACGCAAUCAGAACAGGAGAGGUCUUGUAUUCUUCUCUUAAGAUUACAGACUAACGCCAACUCUUGGAUUUGGGUUCACGUCGUCCUCCAGGUUAAGGACAGUAAUGACAGUUCACAGCAACCCGUCAUUGUCUGCACGAACCAAGUGUUGAGUGAAAGAGAGGCGACAGUAAUGCGAGCGAACAGUUGGUUGUAUCAGUUUUAUUCACUUCACUCUAAAAUGCAUUAUGGAUUGGCAUAUGAGGCCCACACCACACGACUCCCGACUUAUUAUCCAACGCCGACCCCAACUGUCAUGAGCCACGCUUACCAUCACCACCACAAUCACCAUCACUCACAUCCCAGCCCCGUCUCAGCCGGUGGUGGCGAUGCGGCCGCCGUCCCAAUACAUUCAGUCCCAUAUCACAUACAUUCGGCGAUCACACCCUUGAAUGGCACACCAGGACAUCGACACCCACAUCACCCUCAGGCUGUUCUCCAGUGCUCACCUCAGGCCGGGUCUCUACCCUAUCCCAGUAUUGUCGCCGCUGUCAAUGCCAGCGCACAGACCAUUACAGACAAUGAGGUACACAAACACACCAACACUGCUAAGAGAUCCCAUUCGCCACAAAUGACAUCACAAACAGAACAGACACACGAAGAGACAGAAUCUCCAGAACCACCGGCAAAGCGUCUGAGUUUGAAUCACCACAACCUCCCGCCCCCGCCGUCGUCGUCAUACCAUCACCCGAGAGCGUCGACCUUUACGUACCCGACAUCGAUGUUCGGCACCGGAGGCUUCACAGCUUCCUCUAUGACCAGCGUUUCAGAGUUGGGAUCAGUUGUGCCGAGUUAUUACGGCGGCCCACAAGUACUCGCAUCUGUUCCCUAUCACACACAGAUUGGACACCACUUCAGAAAUCAAAGCAAAAUGUCUCUCUUCGAUGAAUCAGACAAUUGUUUUGACCAAACAAUCGGCGCGACUAAUGCUGAAGAUGUCUCUAAUCUCAUAACAUUUUCAUCGCCCGCUUAUCUAAAGUACACGUCAGGACUGAUGUCAUACCCCUAUCCGGACCUUCCGGACAGAGAUUUAGAAAAAGUUCGAUCUCCUGAGUCGAUAGUGUCGACCACUUCUGAUUACGGAAGUAUGACAUCUCAGUCGCCGCCCUCAGCCUUCGACAAACCCUAUAAGAAAGACAGCUUAGCUCUACUCACGAGUAAUACCAUCUCAUAUAACACUAAUUCCAACAUUAAUGCUAAUAAUACUGCAAAUAAUUCACAACAAUUAUAUCAAUCAUUGAAAAGCAAUUGGGGUUCGACUCCGAUAUAUACCGAUCUCUCCAUUUCCCGUCCCUCACAAGUAAUCCACAAUCAAAUGGAUAAAGAUUUAGAGGCAAUGGACCACAGAUUUACGUUCCCUAAUGUUAUUUGGGGCUAUAAUACGGAUAACUCAUCAAUAAGUCAGUCCCUGAGCUCUGCCUUUAAUAUGGAUACCAAUUCUCUACAACUCUCUCAGCAAUACUUCAAUGAAUUGAGAAAUAGUAAAAGCGAUCAAAUGAAUCAAAACGAUGGCACACACGCCACACAUGGGGCACAUAUACCACAUCCGACAAGUCUAGUCAGUGCACCACAUAGUGGUCAGGAGUCGGACCUUCAGCCACAAACCGCUACCACAGCAGACAUUCCAUCGCAAAGCUCUUCUCCCGUAUCGACAGAAACGGUAUCAGCGGUUGAGAUGAGCUCAUCGUCUCAUGGCGUGGGAAGAGCCGUAGGCUAUGGCGGUAUUAGUAAGGCUGAGAGGAGCACCGGAGCGACCGCCCAGGACUCUACCUGA